AUGAUGAAAGGAGAAGGAUUAGCAAUAUUUUAUUUUGAAGAGAGGAUGAAAGCACUAGAUCCAGAACAAAACGAAGUGUACAAAUUUCUUGGUUGUGAACAAGGUGACAAAAUUGAUGUUAAAAGGGUAAUGCAAAGGGUGAAAAAGGAGAUAGCAAAAAGAUUGGAACAGCUGGUGGGAAUAAAUUUGAAUGAUGAAAAUCUUGUGAAUGCGAUAAAUUGCAGAGUGGUGCCAGUGGCCGGAUAUAUCAUGAAUGUGUGUAACCCGAGGAAAGGAGAUAUUGAAGAGCUCGAUAUGAUUGUUAAAACCGCACUCAGGAAAGAAGGAUUUCACGGAAAACAAGCAAGUGAUGAGAGAUUGUAUGCGAAGAGAGAAGAUGGUGGAAGGGGAUUGAAAAGUUUCAAGGAGGUUAUUGCCUAUGUUAUAUGGCAACAACGAACAACGAGUGGAUCAAAGUGUCAUGGAGAAACGAGAACCUGA